AUGAUGAGGCUUAGCCUAACAACUGACAAAAGUUUCCAUCCCAAAUCCUUUGCAGAGGUAAACCCUGCACAAAAGAGCACCCAUUCUGCUUGGGAAGUCCUAGAUCCACGCUACUGGACGGCAAAUGGCUACGUUGUUUUGCGAGUAGAUGAACGUGGAUGUGGGCAGUCCCAUGGUAUGCUGGACUCUAUGAGCAGGUCCACUAGUGACGGCUUUGUCGAUGUGAUUGAGUGGGCUGCGGAGCAGUCGUGGAGUAGCGGGAAGAUAGGGCUUCUUGGGAUUAGUUACUACGCUGGUAGUCAGUGGAGGGUUGCGGCUCGUAGACCUAAAGGUCUGGCCGCUAUAGUGCCAUGGGAAGGCAUGAGCGAUUAUUAUCGUGAUCGAGUGCGCCACGGUGGGAUUUUGUCAAACACUUUCAUCGAUUUUGAGUCUGAGCUAUUCAUUCUUUCUAUCGACCAAGUGGCGCUGACUGAUGCCAACAGCUACCGAGACGAUGAGUAUUUCAAGAGCAAAGAUUUCAAUCUUGCAGACAUCGAGGUUCCCCUCCUUAGUAUUGCCAACUGGGGAGGCAUUUUGCUACAUUUAAGAGGAAAUAUUCAGGGAUAUGUUCAAGCAGGCUCAGAAUUCAAGUACCUUCGAUGCAUCACUGGACGCCAUGACCUCCCGUUUUACUAUGACGAAGAGGUUGCCGUCCAAAGGUCUUUCCUUGAUGCCGUUCUCAAGGGAGAAGAUCUCGAGGGUUGGACAGUCCCAGGAAAGCUACCCCCUGUCGACAUGUGUCUCCGCGUUGGUAACUCUGGAGUCAAUGUUCCUGAGAAAGAGCGGAAAGCUUUUCCUCGAAGAAAGGAGUCGCAUUGGCCGCUUGCUAACACGCAGUAUAAGAAAUUCUUCUUGGGCAAGGAAAACACUUUGAGCACAACAGAUCCAACAGGGAAAGGCAUGGUACAAUACGAUGCUUUGAGUGGCGAAGUCAAUUUUCGAACAGCGCCGUGUGAGGAGGAAGCCGAAAUCACCAGUCAUCCCUUGGCGCAUUUGGUUGCCUCUGUGAGUUCGAUGGAUGGUGCCUCGCCAUGUAACAUGGACAUUUUCCUCACCUUACGGCACUACGAUUCCCAAGGCAAUGAGGUUUUUUACACUGGAACGACCGGUGAGCCUGUACCCGUUGUUAAGGGCUGGCUUCGUUUAUCCUUGCGCCGAGUUGAUGAUUCGCAUCCAGCUCAUCGUGAAUACCUUCCACACCGUAAUUACUUCUCGUCCAAUGUACAGAAGGUUAUUCCUGGGGAGCUUUAUCCGGUAGACGUAGAGAUUUGGCCAACAAAUGGAGUAAUAGGCAAAGGCCACACGCUAGACUUACAGAUCGCCGGGCGCGAUACCCAAGGAGGCGGUAUGUUCGAGCAUAACCAUCCUGAAGAUCGGCCAGAGUCAGUUUUGAAGGCAUGGAAUAAUAUCCAUUUUGGUCCAGGGCAACAGAGUUUUCUCGUCUUGCCUAUCAUACCAAGCACGGACAUCAACUAG